AGUAGCUGCCGUCUUCGGACACAGAACAACUCCGCUUAAGGGAAAGCGAGAGUAAGAAUCGACAAGAGCCUCUGAUAGACUGAAGCUGCUGAAAGAAAGACAGAAAGAAAGAAAGAAAGAAAGAAAGAAAGAAAGAAAGAAAGAAAGAAAGAGAGAUUUAGACGCUGUUUCGUAGUACGCGAAAUCUGCAAAAUCAACGAGAUCAACUUGAUCGGAGGAAUCUGCGAGCCCUUUGGAGGUUUUAGACGUACUCCUGAAUUGAUAAGCAAAUGUUUGCCGGAAUGAACGCAUUAACAUCUUUCUUCGUUCUUAUUGCCUUCUCCUGGGUGUCUGCCCAAGGCUGCAGCGAGGAGUGCCACUGCCCAGAAACUCCCCCGGAGUGCCCAGUCGGUGUUAGCCUGGUUAUGGAUGGAUGCGGGUGUUGCAGGGUGUGCGCCAAACAGCUCGGAGAGCUCUGCACUGAAAAAGACGCCUGCGAUCAUCACAAAGGACUUUUCUGUGACUUUGGCUCCCCGAUCAAUCGUCGAAUCGGCGUCUGCACAGCUAAGGAAGGCGCCCCUUGCAUCUUCAGAGGAGCGGUGUACAGGAGUGGCGAGAGCUUCCAGAGCAGCUGCAAACACCAGUGCACGUGUAUGGAUGGGGCCAUCGGGUGCGUGCCUUUGUGCAGCAUGAGCAUCCGCCUGCCUAGCCCAGACUGCCCCUUCCCGCGCCGGGUUAAAGUUCCAGGCAAAUGUUGCGAAGAGUGGGUGUGCGAUCAACCCAGACAACACACUAUGGUUGGGCCUGCCUUGGCUGCCUUCAGAGAAGAAGACACCUAUGGCCCUGAUCCUUCCAUAAUGCGUGCCAACUGCCUUGUCCAGACCACUGAAUGGAGUGCCUGUUCAAAGACCUGUGGCAUGGGAAUCUCAACUCGAGUGACAAAUGACAACCGGGAGUGCAGACUGGAGAAGCAGUCUCGACUGUGCAUGGUCAGGCCAUGUGAAUCUCAGUUGGAGGAGAGCAUUAAGAAGGGAAAGAAGUGCAUUCGCACUCCUAGAAUUUCCAAGCCCAUGAAGUAUGAAUUCUCUGACUGCACCAGCACCAAGAUGUACCGUCCUAAAUUCUGCGGGGUGUGCACUGACGGUCGUUGCUGCACCCCUCACAGAACCACCACCAUGUCUGUGGAAUUCAAAUGCCCUGACGGAGAGAUGAUGAAGAAGAAGAUGAUGUUCAUCAAGACCUGUGCAUGCCACUACAACUGCCCCAGUGAAAAUGACAUCUUCAUGUCAGGCUACUAUAGAAAGAUGAUUGGAGAUAUGGCAUAAGAAAAGGUUGAAAAGAAAAAGGGACAGUUAACUUGAAGUGAACAGAUGUACAUCUCAAACACAGAGAUAACCAAAACAGCACAACACAUUUUGUAAUGUGCAUUUUUACUAUGAAAACUAUACUUAUUAGUUAUAGCAAUGUAUGUAUCUGACAAAUGCAUAAGGCCAGUGUGCCUUAUACCCUGAAGCAGAUCAGCAUGGGCAGUGGGAUCUCUGAGCCACCAAACAUUGUGCACUAUUUACAAAGACUACCAAGAAUUAUUUGCUAGGUCUUUUUCUUCUCCUUAUCUUUUACCUGUUGUGGCAGAGUGUCCCACUGAUGUAAUAUUUCUAAAACUCAUAGCACUUGAGGUAACGAAGAUUAAAAGUUCCAGUAGGACUGCUGAACUUUUAACCCUUCAGCCACGUGGGUGCUAGAUGAAUGUGCUCAUUUUUGUUUUUUUUGUUUUUUUGUUUUUAGUCGAGGUUAUGACUCGUGGGCAAGUUAGAUUUGUAGUGUCUUCUGUUAAGACAAGGUGCUAACAUUCUGCUCUCUGAAAAGAAAAGCACUGAAAAUUUUGACAAAAAAGCCUUACCUUUGACUUUCUCAUUCAAAUA